AUGGCGGACAGCAGGGGCCGCAGUACCUCGCCCGCGCAACAGACUCGAUCAAACCACAGGCACAACCACAGCGAAGACGACUCCAUUGUAUCGUCCCGCCAUAUCGAGCAAUUCGGCCGCACUAUCCACGCGACAGCAUCACAACUCAUUGGGGCCAACUUCGCGAACCACGAUGCACCGGGUCAGGCAGAGUACCGAAGCGCAUUGUCCUCCGUUCGACGGUUCUCCCAGCGACCUGCAAUACAACGAUCCGUGUUCUCCUUUGCCCGAGCCAACCCUACUGAAUUGAUACGGAGCCACUUCCAACCCAGCGAGAUCGAGCAUCGAGCCUUGACGUAUAUUCCGGAUGAGGUGUUGCGAAAUGUCCCUGAAUCGUCAAGCCCGUUCAGCCUGUUCGAGGGCUUCAAGGCGAGCCUGCCAGAGGAUGAGGAUGCGGGAAAGAGCGCAAGGAGGAAAAGGCAUAGCCGACAUGGCAGUAAAGGGCAGAAGGCGAUUGAAGCCGCAGCAGAAGAACAGAGCGGGCCGCCCAAGCUGCAUAAGAUACGGCGAGAGCGAGACAAGCUGGAACAUCGUCUGGAGAUGGUGGGUAUACGGAAGACGAUGUGCUCGAGCGAGAUCAGGGAGAUCGACAACAAGAUCGCAAACUUGAACACGAUGCGCAAAGUAAUUCUGGACCGGUUAGCUGGCCUGGAGGACGAGGAGCGAGAAAUCGAGCAGGAAGUAAUGGAUGUCGGGGAGAAAUUGGAGGAGGCACAAGAAGCGUGGGCAGAUGAGCAAGCAUUAGCACAACGAAUAGAUCCACUGAUUGCCGCUGCAAAAGCGGAGCAGGAGGGGCAAGAUGGCGAGGCGAAAGAACCAAAGGACCCGGACAGUCCAGGAUUUAUGUCGGAAAGUGUCUAUGGGAAGCUACCCAAGGUGAAAGAGUCGCCGAAGCCGAAGAGGAAGAAGCAGACAAGAAGGAUCUCGAUGCCGGUAUUACACGAACAUAUGGAGCCAGGAAGCCGCAUACGCGAGAUACCUGCACAUAACGAUGUGAUCACUGCGAUCGACUUUGAUGCGCCGUUUGGGAUCCUGGUAACGGCAGCUUUGGACGAUACAGUACGAGUGUGGGAUCUGAAUGCCGGGCGAUGUAUGGGGCUGUUGGAGGGUCACUUAUCUAGUGUGCGGUGCUUGCAGGUGGACGAGAACAUAGUCGCAACAGGCUCUAUGGAUGCGAGCAUUCGACUUUGGGACUUGAACCAAGCAGACUACAAUCCACAGGCACCGACUACCGGCACGAGUCUGAACAACCAGACGAUCCCAGAAGAAGAUGCUGAGGCCGAUAGCAUGGCAGAAUCGGCAACAGGUGCGGUUAUGUUCACGCCCAAUUCAUCGGAACCGGAGCAGCUACCUCUGCAGGCUACUUAUCAGUCUGAUGCGAUGGCGGAAUGCCACAUGCUCACGCUACAGGCUCACGUAGCAGAAGUGACGGCGCUCAACUUUAACGGCAACACGUUAGUCUCCGGGUCAGCCGACAAGACGCUUCGACAGUGGGACCUAGAGAAUGGACGCUGCAUGCAAACUUUGGACGUCAUGUGGGCAGCAGCUCAAGCAUCGACCCUCAAUCCUCCUGCAAAGCAAGAAGUAUCAGAAGCCGGCGGCUGGUGGCGACCCACCGGAGGGCGGGUACAAAGUGCUGAAGCGGAUUUCAUUGGAGCCCUGCAGGUGUUCCAAACAGCGCUGGCAUGCGGUACUGCGGAUGGCAUGGUGAGGCUUUGGGAUCUGCGCAGUGGUAUGGUACAUCGAUCGCUAGUUGGGCACACCGGCCCUGUCACUUCACUGCAGUUCGACGAUGUGUAUCUUGUGACCGGUAGCCAGGAUCGCAGCAUAAGAAUCUGGGAUCUCCGCACCGGUAACAUCCACGACGCGUUCGCCUACGACAACCCUAUCACAUCCAUGCAAUUCGACGCCCGCCGCAUCGUAGCUGCCGCAGGCGAGGAUGUCGUCAAAGUAUACGACAAGACCGACGGCCGACAAUGGGACUGCGGCGCCGGCGCCACCACUGCCGAGGACGAGACCAAGCCUUCGAUCAUCGAGCGAGUGCGGAUCAAGGACGGGUACAUGGUCGAAGGCAGAAGAGACGGCGUGGUGGGAGUCUGGUCCUGCUAA